AUGGAGGCAAAGCCCAACAUCCAGCAGGCCGGGCAACAGCACGGACAGGGCCAGAACCAGCAGAUGUCCAACUCCGGACCCAGUGGCAUGUCGGCACCAGGCUUGCUCCCCGCCUUAUCGCCAGAGAUGUCGAAUCGCCCGUACCCGCAAAUGCAGCAGAUCCGGCCCCCCAUGCCUCCCGGCGGCAUGCACGGCCCGCCGCCGCCCCAGCAGUACCAGUCUGGCGGGCGCGGCUCCCGCACGCACACCCCGCAGAACUCGCAGCACAAUGUGUUCCAGGCCGUCAUGGGUCCGCGGCCCGGCGAGGUUCCACAGGGCGACAUUGGCGGAGCAGGUAACGUCAAGGUGUACGCGUCGGCGUACUCGCAGAUCCCGGUGUACGAGGCCAUGAUCCGCAACAUUAGCGUCAUGCGCCGCAUGGCGGACAGCUGGGUUAAUGCCACACAGAUCCUCAAGGUCGCUGGCAUCUCGAAGAGUGUGCGCACCAAGAUGCUUGAGAAGCAGGUGCAGAAGCAGCAGCACGAGAAGGUGCAGGGGGGAUAUGGCAAGUACCAGGGGACAUGGAUUCCGCUGGACCGCGGGCGAGCACUCGCCGAGCAAGUCGGCGUGCUGCAGUACCUCGCGCCGAUCUUUGACUUUGUCCCCUCGCCCACUGGCCCGCCCGCGCUGCCGAUGCGCGGUAAUACACCGAGCAAGAACGCCGCGGCCGCACAAUCGAGCAUGAUGCCCCCCGGCUCAGCGGGUUCUGGCGGCCGCAUGAUGUCGCCGUUCCACCACACUGGCAACAUGCCCCUUCCCCCACAGUUUGCGCAGCAGCACAUGGGGCCUGGCGGGCCAGAGAUGAUGGGGGCUGGAGGUCAGCAGAUGCUCUACCACCCGCAACAGGGGCAACACAUGCAGCCGGGUCCCAUGUUCUUCCACCCCAGCCAGCAGCAGCAGCCUCACCCUGUCAUGCACCAGCAGCAGCAGCACCCGGGUCAUCCUGGACAGCACCAUCCUCACCACCCGAUGCACCAGAUGGGGUAUGAGCAGGCCCCUCAGCCGCCGCAACAGCAGCAGAUGCGCCUCGACGCCCCCAUUGAGAUGCAGCACCGACAGCAGCCACCACAGCAGCAUCAACAUCAGCAGCAGCAGCAACAGGCACCGCCCCCACCGCAGCUGCAGCCUCCAGCCACAAUUAACGGGCACGGCGGCGCCGGGCCGAUGCAGGGGUUGCCGCCGCCCCCGUCGGACAUGUACGUCGACCCGUAUGGUCAGCCCCAGCCGAUUAGUGCGGCACCGCGACCAGUCGCUGUUGGGGAGCCGCCCAACAAGCGGCCGAGGACAGGUGACGCGGAGCCUUCUGCUGGCAAGGAAGGUUCUGCGUCGAACGACGAGGAGGAGGACGACGAUGAGCUGCGCGAGAAACCGCCACUGCCAUCCAACUUCCGUCUGAGCUCGAAGCCGUUCAAGCCACGCCUCAGCGCCGAGUCGCAUAGGCGCAGACAGCAGCUUCUGUCUUUGUUCCAGACCAACAACGCCGAUGUGCGGCAGGUGUUCGAGUUGGCGGCAGACGCCACACCGGACUGGGACAUUGACAUGGUUAUCGACGAGCAGGGCCACACGGCGCUGCACUGGGCGUGCUCGCUGGGUCGCAUGGGGGUGAUCAAGCAACUGAUUGAGCUUGGCGCCGAUAUCCACCGCGGCAACUAUGCUGGUGAAACGCCGCUGAUCCGCUCGGUCCUCACCACGAAUCUUGCGGACGCCGGGACGUUUGGCGAACUCCUGACGGAGCAUCUUGGCGAGAGCGUGCGUACCCUCGACCACGCGUACUGCUCCGUCAUUCACCAUAUCGCAUUUUCGUCUGGUCUGAAGGGGCGCCAACCCGCGGCAAGGGGAUACAUGGCCGAGGUGCUUGGACACGUUGCACGGGAACAGGCCAAGGACAAGGAGAAGCGACAGAACGGCGAGUCCAACACCGAGGGGAUCAGUCUCAAGCUUCUCGUGGACCUGCAAGAUGUGCGCGGGGACACGGCGCUAAAUGUUGCGGCACGCAUGGGCUCCAAGCCACUGGUGAAUCUGCUCCUUGACGCCGGCGCGGACAAGACCAAGGCGAACAAACUCGGCCUGAGACCAUGUGACUUUGGCGUCGAAGUCGAUGCGCUCACCGUCGCUCCGGCGGACGCGGCCGUUGGGCAGCUCAAGAGCGAGAUCAAGCGUCCCGAGAAGCGAAGUCAGGAUGUGCUGAAAAACAUUUCUGGCCUGUUCGAGAGUCUCAACCGCGCCCAUGGUACCGACAUGGAGACGGCAGUCGUAGCGCUGAACGAGGUCGAGAAGAACGUGCGCACUGCAACCCGCACCCUUGCCGAGCGGAGGCAGCAGGUCGAGGCCGCACGGCAGAAGCUUACAAAACUUGAGCAGCAGGCGGAACGAGCAACUAAUGCGAAGCGCGCGCUCGAAGCGCCUGAUGCCGACUGGACGGGACGAACGGUACUCGAAGGCGAGACCGCGCCUCCUCCGGCAUUCGGUAUCGGCCUUCCCCUCCUUCCCGGCGCGGGACCGAAGGCAGACAGCGAAGACAUGGUCGACGACCUUCCCCUCCCGGUCAAAGGAGAGGCUGGCGCGCUCGUCACCCUUCGCCGCAUCGCGGCGUGGGAGGAACGAGCAGCCAAGCUGCUUGAAGAACGGGCGGCCGAGCUUGAAGGCGACGGCGCGGACCGCGCAAUCAAGUACCGCAAGGUCAUCGCUCUGUGUGCUAAGGUGUCGGUGGACCAGGUUGACGAUAUGCUGGACGGGUUGACCACUGCGGUCGAAUCAGACGGACGGGCGAUCGACCUCUCUCGGAUCUCGGGACUGGUCAACAGACUGCGCAGGGCGCCAAUAGCAUAG